AGUUUGGGAUCAGAUAUAUAAGAAAAAGCUGCUAAUGAUAUGAACCGUGAGCAAUGGAGUAAUUAUGUUCAUCUCUACAAUAAGAACCUCUUAAAUCUCACACACUAGACCUUUAAACUCUCACUCCUGAACUGAAUAACAGCCUGUUUACUGAUCUGGCCCUGUAGGUUUUGCCUGUUUGUGUAUUUUCCCAGUAUUUCCCAGUUAUCAGAGCCUCACUUGAAAAGGUCUGUAUCACAGAAAGGCAGCCAGCUGAGGAGAGAAAAAAAAAAGACUUUUGGGACUCAAUGCCCAUUUCUCUUUUCAUGUCUCUCCCCCAGUUUUUCAGUCCACAACACACAGUGAGUCACAGCCUGCGGUGGUGAAUCAAGGUUCCUGUGUAACGGGGUAAACACACAUCAGCACUCUGGCCAAGGUCACUCAGGCCUGCAACUUUCAGGUCCGUCCAUCGAUAUGAAACACCACAAACAAACACAAAUGGACGCUUUAUUUAAGACACAUUCACUGAAGUGAUAAUCAUUACUAAUUCUGCUGCUAAAGUCCCACUGCAGUGAAGCUGCUGUUUGCUCUUUCUGGCUCUGUUUGCCUACUUUGCCUCACUCCUACGCCUACGUAUUCGCAAACAUCCUGUCCAUUUUAGUCUCAGAUCCAUGGAGCACUCCCUCUCGGUCCCAGGGAUCGAUAAGUCUGCACUAACCAGGCCACGUUUGCCCUCUGUACCCCCGUGGACGGUGCCAGAUGCACUCAGCUUUCUGCUUCAGUUGGAGCUGCAGUCGGGCCUGGGCGGGUGAAUCCACGGGAGCAGGAUGGCCGGGUUUUGGACGGGAUCGGCAGGUGGAUUGGUGCUGGCUGUGAGCCUGACUCUGCUGGGCUGUGGAGUCCAGGGACAGGGCAACGGACGGGGUAAGAAGGAAGUAUCUGGAUCGGCAACGGUCAACCUGGGCCAAGUCCAGGAAGCCUGGAGACCCCUGAUGCAGACCAUGGUGAACCUAACCCAGAUCAGCAGUAUCAAGUCGACCUUCCAGUUCCGUACGUUUGACCCUGAAGGUGUCAUUUUCUACGGUGACACCAAAAAUGGCCUGGACUGGUUCAUCCUGGGUCUGAAGGGCGGUUUCCCGUUGAUGCAGAUCAGUAAAGUGGACAUGUUGGUCAGCGUGGCCGGUGGACCCAGAUUGAAUGAUGGGAAAUGGCACACGUUGGAAGUCAGUAACCAUGGUCAGUUUGUGAUUUUGGACGUGGACGGCUCUCAGGGUCUUGUGGUGGGUCUUCGGUCCAAACAGACUGACGAGGACCUGAUGGGUGAACUCAGACUGGCACUCGGUGGAAUCCUGAUCAACACAGACAAGAUGAUCGUCCAGUUCAGGCCACAGAUGGACGGUUGUGUGCGAGAAGGCAGCUGGUUGAACCUCACCAUCCCCUGGGAGACCGAGGCGGACCAGAUUUGGCCCUGCUAUGAAAACAUCAAACCUGGCAGCUUCUUCCCUGGCACCGGGUUCGCUAUUUUUAACGCCUCAGUUUUCCCUACAGAUACAGACCAGGGGAUCCAGAUCGAAUUUUGGGGAGAUUUCAGUCAGAUGGAUGGGACCAUCUGCAGCAUCAAACCCGAUGGACAAGAUGUGAUGUUUGCUUUAGUGGCAAAUAAUAACACAAAGGAGGUCACACUCACCUUCGGUCCUGAUAAACUCAUUAUGACAGAGUCUUUCAGUCGACUGAUGGUGACCUUCCAGACAGAUGCUCUGACGGUGCUUCACGACGGAUCGGAGGCUGCUCGGAUCGCCAUCAGUCCAAUGAGCAGCCCUGGUUACUGGUCCAUGUGGAGGGAGGGAACCCUGGCCAUCGGAGGGCUGCUAGGUGAGGAUGACGUUGGAUCCCAGUUCUUGUCAGGCUGUCUAGAGAAGAUCCAGAUCCAGGGGAAAGACUUGGACCUGGAUUUAUCCACCAAACACAUGUUGAUGUCAUCUCACAGCUGCCCUGUGUAGCAGACGAUUGUAUAGAUUUGGACUGUCUGCUGUGGAAACAUUAUUUUGCCUCUGGAUAAAAAUAACACAGAUAAUGGAAUGUUUAUAAAGUGCAAUAAUUGUUUUAAUAACAAUCUGAUGACCAAUAAAGUUUAUCAUCAGGUACUAA